AUGUCCAGGUCAUCAGGUGUUCGAGGUGCAAUGUAUUUGUUCAUGACUGGAGUCAUCUUCAUCACUGUCCUUGGAAAUCUUGUCUUAUCUUGGAAAUCUUCAAUCUCCUAUUUCAAACAGCUUCACUCUCCAACCAACUUCUUGAUUCUGUCCAUGGCUAUUAUAGACUUUCUUUUGGGAUUCACCAUUAUGCCCUACAGCAGGGAUGGCAUGAUCAUAUCUGUGGAGAACUGCUGGUAUUUUGGGAUCACCUUCUGCAAAGUCCACUAUAGUUUUAAUCUGAUGCUCUGUUUAGUUUCCAUCUUUCAUCUUUGUUCCAUUGCUGUUGAUCACCUUUAUGCUAUCUGUUACCCACUGCAUUAUUCUAGCAAAAUAACUUUUCAUGUGAUAAGGCAAUUGCUAGCAAUUUGUUGGACAGUGCCAGCUGCUUUUGCUUUCGGGAUUGUUUUUUCAGAGGCAUAUGCUUCUGGAAUACAAGGCUAUAAGAUUUUAGUAGCGUGCUCUAGUUUGUGUCCUAUUGUGUUCAACAAACUAUGGGGAACAGUUUUGUUUACAGUAGGUUUGUUUGCGCCCAGCUGUGUCAUGAUAGGGAUAUAUGCAAUUUUUUUUGUAAUAUCCAAAAAGCAUGCGCGUGUUGUGAACAACAUGCCUGAUGAUGCAAACAAUGAUGUUAGAAGUCAACUUUCCAAGAAAAAGGACAGAGAGGCUGCUAUGACUUUGAGUAUAUUUAUGGGGAUGUUCCUAAUAUGCUGGUUUCCAUGUUUCUUUACAUUCUUAAUUGACCCAUUUUUACAUUUCACUACCACUUUAGUUCUGUUUGAUGCUUUAAACUGGUUUGGUUACUUCAACUCUACCUGCAAUCCAUUAAUAUAUGACUUUUUUAUUCAUGAUUUCAGAAAGCAUUGA